CGACAACCUCUGAUUCUCUUAACAUAGUCGCCAUUGUUUUGGGAGUUAUCUUCGGACUGAUAUUUCUAAUUUUGCUGGUUAUUAUAAUAUACAAACUAUAUUUCUACUGCAAAAAACAAAGGCAAAAGCAGAAACUCAAAUCAACAAUAAAGAAUAAUAUCAGCGUGUUUAAAAAGAGAAUGAAAGUGAAAGAGAAUGAUGAAUAUCCAUUGCAAGAGAUAUCUCUUGGACCAGAAUUGUUAAAACCAAGGAAUCAGUUAUACAGCAAAAAACGUUUAGUUCCUAAAGAUCAAGCUACACUAGAAAGAAGUAGUUCGGAAAAUGUUAUAUCAUUGAGCACAUACAACCGACCAUCGGAAAAUAGACAUAGUAAUAAGGUUGCUCGAAUAUCAUCUGCAAGAUCGUACGAUAAAGUGUAUACCAAAUCACGAUCAAGAGAGAAUAAUGGCAAUUUAUUCAAAUCUAAACCCAGGAAAAAUCUGUCUCUUUCGUAUAAAUUAGCCGAUAUUGCUGACUUAAAUGAGUUCAGUGAAGAAAAUAAUGAAUCACCUGUAAAUUAUUCUCGCUCUUCAUCUUUUCAUCGUCUUUCAAGUUCGAUGAAUGAUUUAUCAAGACCUUCAACUCGAAUGUUAAAUAUGAGAAAAAGUGUGUCACUUGAGCAAAUGAAUAAAACUAAUAAUUCAGUGAACAAUUAUUCUUAUUACCCAAAAGUCAACAAAUUUCAAGACAGUGAGGUAUAUAAAAAUGACAAUCGUCAAUAUAAACGGAAGAAAACAAUCUCUAACAAGGAAAAAGCGCUUUUUGACUUUAGAAAUUCUAAGCUUAAGGUUUCUGAAUCCUCUAACCAGUCAAUACGUCACAGAGGUAAUGAACGUAAGAUGAAGACAAUAAGAGAAUCGAACGAAAACAUUCCACACACACAUAGAACAUCUAAACAAAAAGAUCUGCAGAUGCUUCAAAGGCCUGUAUCAGUAUCUUCGUAUAAUUCUCUUAGGAAUAUUGACAAUUCAUUUGAACCACGUCCAGCUAGUAGGAGCUCAGAAAACAGGUUUAUGUUAUUAAAAAAGCAAAUGAAACACGGUAUAGAGAGACCAGAAGAAAGAAAGAAGCCGAUGAGUAAAAGGACAAAUUGGAAAUCACCUUAUUUUCUUCAUCCUGUUAAACCGGCUCGGUCAUCUAUAAAGACUUACAACAAAUUAAAAAAUCCAAAAAUAGAACCUUUCAAAUCUAAAACCUUUGUGACACCAUCAAACAAAAAGUUCGCCUCAAGAGAAUUUGCAACGACAGACUAUGAAAUGAAAUCUGAUUCGGGUGUUUCAGCAGACGAUUCAACUUCAUCUUUAUAUGGAGAAGGAUAUCCACUGCCAGACACCAUUCAAAAUUUCAAGUCUAACGCCAGACGUCAAGUUUGGCAUUAAACAUCGUCUUACGAUUUGUAGUGAAUUUGUAACGGAACCACAUGA